ACGGAUUUUGAUCAUGUUCUUGAAGUGGUGAGUCAUCUGGAUGCACGCUUUCUAAUAGCCCUGGGCUUGAUGUGCUUCACGACGUGUAUCUCUGCUGGAAUUUCCAGACUGAGACUGGUAUAUGUAAUGAUAUAACACCUAAUGAGGAUAUACAAUACAGCUGUACCGUGAGGAAUAAAUUGUAAGUGAAGCAUGCCUGCACCGCAGGUUUCUUGAUACGACGACCCGCCGAUAAUGGCGGAGCAAAGAAAACAGCAGACUCGAUGCACGGUGAAAACAUCACUCAAGAGGAUUUGGUGACCUGGAUCAACGUCGGGAUGCACCACCUCCCUGCAUCAGAGGAUGUUCCGAAUACCAGGACUAAUACAGCCGCUUCAAGUUUCUUCCUGACACCUUUUAAUUAUUUCGACUACGACGUUUCAAUCGAGUCUGCCAAUGCCACACUACUUCAGCUUCCCAAGAAGCCAGGAGACCCAUUUUCCUAUAACGAUUACAACGUUCGUCCAGCACACUGCGUCCCACAACCCCCUGCAGAGUUCGAGUACUAUCCGGAGCAGGUGUACGACUUCGACGGGAAACCCGCGCCUCCCUCGACAGUUGAAGAGAUGAGGAAGGCUUCGGAGCUCUACCUGCGUAUCAAAUUUGAGCUUUAACCAAGGGCGCUCUUAUAAGGGAUGGGUAGCUUUCGUGCUGUAGUACUGGAUUUUACGCUGCUGCAGGUUUCUCCGUCGGUGGGGUAAUACAAUCGAGAU